AGUAUCGAAAACAUGGAAAACCUGGAGGACUCAUUCAAUGUGGAUAACCCGCCCAGUAUGGAGAACCUUUCUAUUGCGGAGGAAGUGGUGGACUUAAAUAGUAUGGAGGGCGUAACCUUCACCGAAAGAGAAAACACGCAUCCAAUAGUUCAGGCCAGCAAAUGUGCAAAGUGCUCUCAAGAAAUCUCUACUCAACCUUCAGAGCCACUUGUGACUUUUCCAUGUUGUAAACAUAUAGUACAUUUCGAAUGCAUUGAAAUUAAUCGCAAGUUGUGUCCUAAGUGUCCGACAAACUAUGAUUUGGAAAAAGAAGGUUUUUACAUUUCACCUGAAAUACCUAGAAAAAGAAGGAGGCAAGAGGGUGAACAAAAAUCCACUAGAGGCUCGAGGCACAAACCAUUAUUCCCAACCACAGCAUGA